AUGGCCGACGAACAGAAGCCCGCCACCAAUGUGGAGGCUGAGAAGGAUGUCCAGAACGUUUUGAACGAACUGAAGGCCGAGAACGGCUCCGAGAAGGUCGCCCAGGAAGAAGAGAAGGCUGAAGAGAAGGCCGAAGAGAAGGUCGCCCAGGAAGACCCCGAGGAGGCUCGCAUCGUCGCCGCAGCUGCCAAGCUGGGUGAGAAGUCUGAGCAGUCUCAGCAGUCCGGAGAGAAGACACAGCCGCAGCAGGAGUCGCGCGGUCCCUACCGUUCCCGCAACGCCGCCAAGUUUGAUCCCUCCACCCUCGAGGAGACUGACGACCCCGUCGAGAUCCGCAAGCAGGUUGAGUUCUAUCUCUCGGACUCCAACCUCCCCUUGGACAAGUUCCUGCUCUCUCAGGUUGGCGGCAGCGCCAACAACGCUGUGCCUCUCGAGCUUUUGCACUCCUUCAAGCGCAUGCGCCGUUUCCAACCCUUGUCCGCUGUCGUCGAGGCCCUCAAGACCGCCGAGACCGUUGAGCUUGUUGACAACGACACCGCCGUGAAGCGCAAGGUUCCCCUUCCCGAGUCCGUCACAACCGAGGUCGACGAGGCCGGUAUCAAGGUCUGGGAGGAUAAGACUAUGCCCCGCAGCAUCUACGCCAAGGGCUUCGGACAGGAAGAGCCGAGCACCCAGUUCGACAUUGAGAAGUUCUUCGAGGCUUACGGACCUAUCAAUGCUAUCCGUCUGCGCCGCGGCGAUAACCGGGGCUUCAAGGGUAGUGUGUUCGUUGAGUUCGCCUCCGAGGAGAAGCAGAAGGAAUUCUUGGCUCUUGAGCCCAAGCCUCAGUGGAAGGGCACCGACCUGCUCAUCAAGAGCAAGAAGGAGUACUGCGACGAGAAGAUUGAAGAGAUUAAGAACGGCAAUGUUCAGCCCAACCAACGUCCUCGUGGUGGAGCCCGUGGCGGUCGUGGACGCGGAGGUCGUGGUGGUCGUGGUGGUCGUGGCCGUGGUCGCGGUGGCCGCGGUGGUCGCAACGACCGUGACUGGCGCGAACGCCGUGAUGAUGACAAGAAGAACGGUUUCCAGGACCGCCGACAGGAGAAAGACUCUCGUGGUGUCCCCGUUAUUCAGAGCACCGGCGAGAAGCGCUCCCGUAAUGACGAGGCUGGCGAUCGUCCUGCCAAGAAGGUUGAUGCUAAGGAGUAA